AUGCAGCCUGCUCCAUUCACACCAAUUGCCGUGACGCCUCAAGCAACUAUGGUCAAGGCCCCUAUAUCGCUCUCGCUUCCAUCUAAUGCUUCUACUUCUUCAGCACCCCGCGCUAUUUCCGCUGCAUUUGGUGAUACGGACGUUAUUCGAAAACGUCGUGAGAACGUAUUGCAAUGGAGAUUGGAGCGCGAGGCCGCCAAGAAGGCAGAAGAACAAGCGAAGCUUGCCGAACAAAAACUUGCUGAAGCUCCUGAAAGUAAUCUAGACUCCACAAAGUCUGUCAUAGAAACUCAAGCGGAAGUAGCAUUAGCUCCAACAAAACCCUGGAGUUGGGAUGAUGAUGAUGAAGAAGAAGAGCCAAAAUUACCCACAACAAAGGGUUCGGACGAGAAUGGAGACGUUAUUAUGGAGGAUGUAAAAGAAGGCGAGACUACAAAAGCAGAAGACGUUGCUAUGGAAGAAGAUGAGAUUGACCCAUUAGAUGCUUUCAUGGUCGAUGUCACAGCGGAAGUCCAGCAGCUGGAGAAGAAGGAGCAAAAACGAGAUGCUAAGCUUAAAAAGACUCCUGGUGACUCCGAAUCAGCAAUAAGCUCGGCUCCAAAACUGGCCACUGCUGAUGACGAUGAUGAAGAGGAUGUUGCUGAGUCUUCAGAUGAAGAGGAUAUUCUUGCGAUGGCUGCAAAGCGGAUUAAGAAGAAAGAUAUCCCAGCAGUGGAUCAUUCCAAGAUACAGUAUGAAUAUUUUAGGAAGGACUUUUAUCUCGAGCCUCCCGAGAUGGCGGACAUGACUCCAGAAGAAAUCCAUAGUUUGAGAUUGGAGCUUGAUGGGAUCAAAAUCCGUGGGGCGGAUUGCCCAAAGCCCAUUAGGAAAUGGACUCAAGCUGGACUUCCUCCAGGAUGCAUGCAGGUGAUCAAGGACAAGCUUAACUAUGCAGCGCCAACACCCAUCCAGUGUCAGGCAAUUCCAGCGAUCAUGAGUGGACGCGAUGUGAUCGCAGUAGCCAAAACAGGAUCUGGAAAGACUAUUGCCUUCAUUUUACCCAUGCUCCGCCACAUCAAGGAUCAACGCCCUCUUGAAAACAUGGAAGGCCCUAUUGCGAUCAUCAUGACGCCCACUCGUGAGUUGGCAGUUCAGAUCCACAAGGAGUGUAAAAACUUUUUGAAGGUAUUGAACUUGCGUGCAGUCUGUGCGUAUGGUGGUUCACCAAUCAAGGAUCAAAUUGCUGAACUUAAGCGCGGAGCCGAAAUUGUUGUUUGUACGCCUGGAAGAUUGAUUGAUCUAUUGUGUGCUAAUUCAGGCAGGGUGACUAAUCUGAGAAGAACAACCUUCUUGGUCCUUGAUGAAGCAGACCGGAUGUUCGAUAUGGGAUUUGAGCCACAGGUUAUGAAAAUUGUUCAAAACGUUAGACCACAGAGACAAGUCGUUCUUUUUUCAGCAACAUUCCCCAAGCAGAUGGAGGCUCUUGCUCGCAAGUUACUGAAACGUCCUCUCGAAAUCACGGUCGGCGCACGUUCGGUUGUUGCUGAGGAUGUAACGCAAGUCGUGGAGGUCCGCGAAGAUGAUACACGGUUCAAUCGCCUGCUUGAAAUAUUGGGUCAAGCUUAUGUGGAUAACCCAGAACCAAGAGUGUUGAUCUUUGUUAGCCGACAGGAAGCAGCAGACAAUCUACUGAGUAGUCUCAUACGGCGCGGAUAUGUUAGCAUGACCAUUCAUGGUGGCAAAGACCAAGUGGAUCGUGAUAGUGCAAUUGCAGACUUUAAGUCAGGGGAUUGUCCAAUUUUAAUCGCAACUUCCGUUGCUGCUCGUGGUUUAGAUGUAAAAAAACUGGGCAUUGUGAUUAACUAUGAAUGUCCCAACCAUAUGGAAGACUAUGUACAUCGUGUAGGCCGUACUGGUCGCGCAGGCAACAAAGGCAUUGCCUAUACCUUCAUUACUCCAGAGCAGGAGAGAUUCGCACCCGAUAUCGCAAAAGCACUGACUAAUAGUAACACUCCAGUGCCUGCAGAACUGCAGGCGCUUGUGGAUUCAUUCCAUGAGAAGGUCAAGUCUGGAGAUGCCAAACAGAAUGCCUCGGGAUUUGGAGGCAAAGGUCUUGAAAAGUUUGAGAAAGAGCGCGACAAGGUUCUGGCCAUUCAGAAGAAGACGUAUGGUGCUGAUGAUGACGAAGAUGGGUCUGACGGCGAAGGAGGAGAGAAAGAACUCGUAUUGGAGAUUAAACAAGUCCAGCCGGGUAUCACAGCAGGAAAAGCAGCCGCUUCGGCCGAAGUUAUCAAUGGAAGCGAUUCAAGCGAGAUUAAUAAGAACAAUAAUGCGGCUAUGGCUGCAGCAGGUAACGUAAGCAAAACCCUGAACAACUCUGCCCUUCGAAAGGCCAAAGAGGCUGCAGAAGCUCUAAGCCAGUCGCUGGGGGGUGAUGCCAAACAGCGUGCCCUUGAAGUCAUUAAUAAUUUGAAUCGCAAUCGACCCGGGGCGACUGGCGUAGGGGCAGAUUCUGGUGCGAUUGGUGCCUCUUCAGAACGUGGUGGGGCUCCUGGCAGCGGAGCUGGUGGAAGCCAUCGAGACAGUGGUUUUGCACUGGAGAUUGAGAUCAAUGAUUUCCCUCCUAAGGCGCGUCUGAUGGUGACACAGAAGAUGAUGAUCAAUCAAAUUUCUGAACACUCGGGCGCUGCCAUCACGACGCGUGGCGUGUUUGUGGAGGAAGGUAAGCAACCACCCCCAGGCGAGCGCAAGCUGUACUUAUUUGUCGAGGGUGACUCUCAAUUAGUGAUUGACAAGGCCAAGAACGAGAUCAAGCGUAUCUUGACGGAAGAAACCAUGCGUGCGGUCGAAGCCACAAAUCGAGGAGGUGCAGGAUUGGGUCGCGGCGGUGGGGGACGCUACCAGAUUGUGUAG